AGAAUACUUCUAUCGCCAUGAUGUCGCUCGAUGCUGAAGGUCAGAAUCAAACCUAAGCCCCCGCAACUUCCACCAUCCCGGAAUUCGAUUUUUCUGUCGCCUCCGACGUUGAAGAAAGGGGAGAUAUAUGCGGCGACCGAUUAUGUCAUUAUAACCGGCGCUAUCCCAGACGCUGCUGCCUCCCUUGAUCUGUCUGUUAUGUUUACCAAUCCCCUUCCACCUUCUCUGGAAAACGAGUUCUGCGACGUCCAUGGAUAUUUCGCUCACCUCAACGAGCAACAUGAGCUUCCACAAACCGAAGUUGGCGAUCAGCUGCCCGAAGACCUUCUUGCACAAUUUCAGGGAGACAUUGAAUACGAACAAGGUCUCCCCCUCAUGGAACAGUUUUCGGGCCCCACGACGCUUGACGAACAAUUUAUGACAGACAUACAAGAGGUGGAAGCCUCAGCGGCUGGAGUAUCCAAUAACUAUGUACGCGUCACAACUGUUCAUGCCGCCGGCAUGAUACGGUGAGAUCAACGGUGAUGGGUGUGAGGUUUUAGCGGAGAUGUGCAUAGAAGGGGGAAGAGAUUGGCGUAUGAUGCGUGCAGCGUCACAGCACUUACGGGAGAAGUGCCUGUGGAGAGAGAAGGCAUCAAUAUGUAUCUACAAUGCGAAACCUGUAACGCUCA